AUGAUACUCUCAAGCAACGAGAAACGUGCGCUGCUAAGGCAGCAAUGCCGGGAAGCGCUGGCAGCUCAUAUUCAUGAUCGAUUAGGCCUCACUGUCGCACCGGGUCGGGUCCGAUUACAGCCGUCCGCAGCAGACGGCUACGCAUGGUCGGUGUCAAAGUCUCAAGAAUAUUUGUUGAAAACAAAUUUGAGUAAUGGAACGGUCGGCAUGUACCAGGCGAUACGUGAUGCACUCGGGUGCUCGAUCGAAGCUGUUAGUCCGCAGACGUUGCGGGAACCUGAUGCAAGCUCCGAUAACAGGAUAAGCGACGAGGUGAGCCAUCAAGGUUUGCUGAGUUUUCCAAAUGCUGAAAUUCUAAAGCACCCAAGCUCAUCGAAGCUUCCUAAGCCAACCAGGGCAGCUUCUGCGAGUGACUCAUUCACGGCCACUAUUCAACGACUCGAAGUCGCAAAUCAGGAACUCACGGCUGAUGUUGAAAAUGCACGAAAGCAUUCGGAGACAUUGCUUGACGAAAGGCAGGAGUGGGAGGCAAAGUAUCGCGGGAUUCAUGAAGAGCUCGAAAAUAGCAAGUCUUUGGUGACACGGCUGGAGGAAGACCUGAGUCGUGUGCAAAUGGGGAUUGCAGAAGCUAUGGAGACAUUAAAAAACCACCAGAUUCCAGAAAACAAGCAAUCAUGCGCACCGACGCAUUUGUAA